CACCUCUUACUGUGAUUGGCUGCUCACUGUAAGCGUUCAUCACUACACUCUCGGAGAGCUGAAGGUGAAAUUUGCUCGUUUGUGUCUGCAGUUUUCCAUCGCGAUUAUGACUUCCUGUGCUCUUUACAGUACACGCACACACAUGUGCAGACAUCUGGCACAUAAAUAUCUGAGCAGGACCUACAGCACACGACCUUCUCUAAAUGAAGUCGUCAUCGUCAGUGCAGUCAGGACUCCUAUUGGGUCUUUCAGAGGAAGCCUUUCCACAGUCCCUGCCACUAAACUGGGCUCCAUUGUUAUUAAAGGAGCCAUUGAAAAAGCAGGAAUUCCUGUUGACGAGGUGAAAGAAGUUUAUAUCGGCAAUGUGUUGCAGGCAGGAGAAGGACAAGCACCAACCAGACAGGCUCUUCUGGGUGCAGGUCUCCCUUUCUCCACUCCGGCAACUACCAUCAAUAAAGUAUGUGCUUCUGGGAUGAAGUCCAUCAUGAUGGCCGCUCAGAGUCUCAUGUGUGGGCAUCAGGAUGUUAUGGUUGCUGGUGGAAUGGAAAGCAUGUCUCAGGUUCCUUAUGUGAUGGCCAGAGAAGCGCCCCCUUAUGGUGGAGUGAAGAUGGAGGAUCUGAUUGUUAAGGACGGGUUGACGGACGUCUACAACAAGUUCCACAUGGGCUGCUGUGCUGAAAAUACAGCCAAGAAUAGCGGUAUCUCCAGGGAGGAGCAGGACGCAUUUGCUAUUAACUCAUACAGCCGCAGCAAAGCAGCAUGGGAGUCUGGCGUACUGGCUAAGGAAGUGGUUCCCGUAAGCAUCCCUCAGAAAGGAAAACCAGACAUUGUUGUGAAGGAAGAUGAAGAAUAUAAGAAGGUUGACUUCAGCAAAGUCCCCAAACUGAAGGCUGUGUUCCAGAAAGAGAACGGCACAGUGACGGCAGCCAAUGCUAGUACGCUGAACGAUGGCGCGGCGGCUCUCGUGCUCAUGACAGCAGAUGCGGCAAAGAGGCUCAACAUCACACCACUUGCAAAGAUCAUUGCUUUUGCUGAUGCUGCUGUGGCCCCCAUUGAUUUCCCUAUCGCCCCAGCCUUCGCUGUCCCAAAGGUCCUGAAGGCAGCCGGUGUAAAGAAAGAGGACAUUGCCAUGUGGGAGAUCAAUGAGGCCUUCAGUGUCGUGGUGCUGGCCAACAUCAAGAUGUUAGACAUUGACCCCAACAAAGUCAAUAUCAACGGAGGAGCAGUUUCCCUCGGACAUCCAAUUGGAAUGUCAGGGGCGAGAAUCGUAGGACACAUGGUACACAAUCUGAAAUCUGGGCAGUACGGACUGGCGGGAAUCUGCAACGGAGGAGGCGGCGCCUCUUCUAUUCUGAUCCAGAAAUAUUAGGACUUGCACUUUAAUCCACAGAAUGUGUGUAGGAUUUGGUCCUUGAGUCAGAUAUAUUUUCAUCAUUAAUGUGAGGUCAGUCCUGUUUUUCAAUUCAAAUAGGAAACAAAGUUGUCAAUGUUCAUACAAUACAAACUUGUAGUAUUUUUUCUGUGCACUCUUAUGCACAUUUUGUUAUGUGGUGUCAUUCUCAAAAUAAUGUUUUAAUAAAAGAGUUUAGAAUGUUAAAAUCUGUAUUUGCAAUAAAAUAGAAUAUUCCUUGUUUUUGUUGAUGAUUAUAUUCAGAAAUAAUGCAUUUCACCUGAAUGAACACCAGAUGGCGUGUGUGCUUUGAGCUCUGUUUGCUGAUUGGCUAAUGGACGCUUUUCACAGACUAUAAUGAAUCAAUAAUAAAAAAUAAAUAAAUCAAA